AUGGCAGUUGAUGUUGGUGGGCGUGUCAUAACUGAAGCCGUCACUCUUUCAUCAAUAAUAGACCAGACUGAUGGUAAUCACAGGAUGUUGCAGCAGUUGUUAAGUAAAGGUUAUAAUGUUAAUGUGUGUUACGGUGUUCAGUUGGUUUGUGCUGAUCUCCUUAUAAGGAAAGGAGCUAAUAUUGACCAGCAGGGUUGUACUGUAAUGCAUGUAUCGGCUCAUGAAGGUUUUCAAGCUGGUAUAGAAUACAUAAUGAGCCUGAGACCUGAGAGUGUCCAUGACACAGACAAAAUGGGCAGGACUCCAUUACAUUAUGCUGCAGCAAUGGAUCGUGUUCAUGUUUGUUACCAUUUGCUCAAUAAAGGAGCUGAUGCUAGUCAAAGAGACAGUGACAAUAAGACUCCAUUGGAUUAUGCAUUGAUCAAGCAACAUGAGUUUGUCGUGGCUCUCUUCACUUGUCAUGAUGCAUCAGUUGGGGACUUUAUUAAAAUGCAGAGGAUUGAGGCUGAUACUGGUAGUUUAUACAGUGGUGGUACUGAUGGGUAUGGUUUAGUGUCUGAGAGUGUGUCAUUCAUUGCUCCAUCAGAAUAUGCUAACAGGUCAAGUGUCACUGGUAUCAUUAAUCAUUAUCUUGGAUACUUUAUACCCGGAGAUAAUAAAAGUCCUCCUCUUCAUUAUUAUUUCUGGAUCAAAGGCUCAAAUUUGUACUAGUCUUGAUCAAUCAAGAGACACAACAGAAAGAAAGGGACUAUACUCUCAGUAAUAGGUGGAGCUAGUCAGAGGAUUAAGGACAGGGAGGACUACUCACCAAACGAUCUUCAUUGAUAAAAAAAAUAAAAAAUAAACACAAAAGACGAAUAGUUGCUCGAGAAAUUGACGAUGAAAAAAUGGAUGGACUGCUUCACAUCAUUUUGAGUUCUAUUCACCUGGAUGGAGAAGUAUUUGGUAUAUUCUUAGAUAUACUCAGAGAGGAAGAUAC